AUGGCUGGACUCAUAAACUUUGAGGACGAAAAGGAGGUAAAGCAGUAUUUGGAUAACAUAGGUGUAGAAUUCAGCUACCAGUGUUAUAGACAGAAGAACCCUGAAGGUAAGGCAUGAUGUGCGCUGUCUCAUGCACGGGUGCUGAAGUGAGUGUUUGGGUCACUCAGUGUUCAGCUCAUGAUUACUCAUUCACUGUCCCAUAACUGGAGUGCUGAACCACUGAUUCUGGUUGGUGUUGAGUUUUUUUUGAUGCCUCGUGUACUUGUACUAUAAGCUUUCCACCUUUCACCUCAUAAAUGUGUCUAACCUCAUUCUGCAUGUAUGUAUUAUGUUGUCAAAGGCUUGCUGACUACAUGGAAGGAGUGAAGAAAAACGUUGAGGCUACCACCCAGGUGCUCAAACACAACUGUGGGAUGAAUAAACAUGGUGAAGGCUGCUACAAGCUUGGGGCUUAGGAUGUCCAAGGGAAAGGUACAUGACUCCACUCCACUAAACGUAAUCCCUUUCACUAGAAGACUACAACAGCAAAGUCUGUAACAAUUUGCAUUUAUCAGACAAGUAAUUUGAAAGAUUAGAUUAUGUCAUGACAAAAACAUGUUUUCAGACAUGUCAUCUUAUUAAUAAGGGUGAUAAGACAGACCCUGAAUCCAUUCCCCAAGUGGUCAAGCUCACCAUUUUCUAAAUCUCUCCACCAGGGGAAGUUGCAGAGAAUCUGAAGAUGGCCUACUCCUGA